UUCGAGCAAGGUUUAAUUAACAAUUUCGACUACAUAUUUAGACAAAUUGUCUGACCGGAGAGUAAACACCUUCUCCGUGCAACUAGACUAAGACUUAGAUCUAGAUCUAGUUCGUUCAGGAUGUGGAUCUAGAUUAUUCUUUAAUUGUUAUUGAGAACACAUUGAGGGAGAAUGUCAAUCAUUGUGGUGUUUUUCUCUUUCUUCAUCAGUCAAAUCACGAGUACUGACGUUAUGCUUCAGUUAGAGUCAAGCGACGCCCCUGGCGAUCAAAUGCCUGACCAGGUCAAUCUGACUUUUAACACAGAAACAAAAUCUCAAACCAAGCUUAAUCUCAGGCGAUCGCAAUAUUUCAACCUUGACAUUCCGGUCUAUACUGUGGACACCGACAGUGAAGGAAUUAUGCAAAGACAUAGAGUGGAAACCGGACACAGAAAGGAUAUAGGCUUCUACCAGGAUAUUAAAAACAAGGCUGUGUUUGAAAUCCAAAAGUCUCCAGAUACAUUGGCCAGAAAGAAAUUUAAAUUUAACAUGAAAGGCGAGUUUCUCAUGAAUACCUCUAAGUAUGUCUUUGACUCCCAGAAGAAGACCCCGAAAAAGCCUUGGAGAAAACCGACUUUCGAAACGUUUUCCGACUCUAGAAAGACGAACCCAUCUCGUUCCGCAACAUUCGACCCAUCUGUUUAUACUUUAGAAUUAGUGACCACCCCAAAGUUUGAUUCGUUCGACGCACGAGUACCCCCGCCAGAAGCCAGAAAGUUUGUGAAACUGAAUUCCAGGAACAGGAGAGACAAGAAACUCAACAGCUCAGGUCAAAACUCCAGACGGCCAGCCUCCCAGAGCCGACCACGUCGCGAGGCAGUGCAGGACUAUUACAUUGACGUGGUAGCAUUGGCUGACUACAAACUCUACUCUAGGUUUUUAACCCAAGCUAACAACAACAUGACCACUGCGAUGCAGGAUAUUCUAGAGCACCUCGCUUUUACGUUUAACGCGGCCGACAUGCUGUAUCAAGGCAUCCAACACCCAGAAUACACGAUUCAUAUUCUUCUGAGUAAAGUGUUCGUAUUUCAGACGCUAGAGGCUUCAGGUUUUAUUGGUGCCAACGCUUCAUAUGGCUAUGUCGAUAGCGAAAAGGCGUUACUUGGCCUCGAGGAAUUCUCCAGAGGUUCUGGCCAUGCCAUCGUCAGCAUGUAUGAUCACGUGAUGCUGUUCACUGGUUACACCCUCUUUAGUACGAAAGCAGGUGGCAUUAAAGAAAAAGCCAAAGGGUCUACUUAUAGAGGAACACUGUGUCAAACAGACGGGAGGAGCUGCUCAGUAAUAGACGAUACCAAAGGCUACUCUACCGAUACUAUAGAAUCGGUAGCACAUGAAUUGGCACAUAGCCUCUCGGCCAACCACGACAGUGAAGUGUAUCCCUGCAAUCUUACGAAGGGCUACAUCAUGGAUGUGGACGAUAGUGACAAUGACAGGUCUGAGAGUGGCCUCAAUCCGUGGCGAUUCUCCAACUGCAGCAUCAACUCCAUAACCAGCUUUUUGGAGGAAAAGUUGAACACAAGCCGAGGACACACAUGUCUGGUCUCCUCUAUUGAAGCCUUUGCAGACAUUCCAGAUGUAUCUGAUAAGCUACUGGGCCAGGUGGUCAAGCCUGAUCAACAGUGUCAACAGCUGUACGGCAAUGAGUCAUACUUCUGCAGGACGAUCGAUUUGGCUAAUUCUGGGGAAUUCUGUCGCUUAAUGUCUUGUAGAGAUCCAUUCAUAGACGGUUGUAACCAGGCCUCAGCACUCAUCGGGACAUCUUGUGGGGAUGGAAAGAUUUGUAUAAAUGGAGAAUGUCUCAGCGACCCAUACGCUCCUCAAGUUGACGAUAAAUGUCUGUUCGGAGACACCCCAGGCCCUGACUGCACAUCUUUACCCCAAGGCUUCUGUUACGACUAUAAUAACUAUAGAACCUGCUGCGGUUCCUGUAUCAGAAUAUCUAUGCCACUUAAAGGUUGUGAAUACGGGGACAAAAAAGCCGAUUGUACAGCUGAUCAAUGCGCGGAUUCGAAAGUGGAUUGCUGCGGCACGUGUAACUAUGGCACGCCCUUCACCCCGAUCACCAGCACCAGAAGAACCACACCCAAGAGAUCAACCACAAUAGCGAAAUCACGCCCGAUAAUCACUUUGCCUAAAAGUAACGAGAUCGCUUGUGAACCAGGAGAUAAAGACUUGAGUCCAGACCUGUGUACCAACAUGAGCAUCUGCCAGACGCAGCCAACACAAUGCUGCAACUAUUGCUCGAUAAAUUUCACUUCUGAAAGUACCACGAACACCACAACACCACCAUUGAAUACAACCACUUUACCCGCAAAAUGUGAAUCAGGAGAUGUGGACUUAAGCCCCGAACUGUGCCAUAGCCCUAGUGUUUGCGAGACACAGCCAUUACUGUGCUGUAGAUACUGUUCUACUAAGGUCACUGUAGCUGCAACACGUACCACAGGAACGAUACCAUUAAAAACCACUUCAAACAAUGUCUGUGAACCAGGAGAUGUAGACUUGAGACCAGAUCUGUGCGAUAACUUAUCUAUCUGCGACAGACAGCUAGCACUGUGCUGUAGCUACUGCUCUAUGUUUUACAAUUCCACAACUACGACUUUCACAUCAAUAACCUCACCCGCAGAAUGUGUAGCAGGACAACCCGACUUAAGACCAGAGCUGUGUACUAACUCAAGUAUCUGCGAGACAAACCCAAACGUCUGCUGUAACUACUGUUUUGCGGCUUUUAGAUCCGGAGCAAAUCUCUCAAUCUACAACAUUUGGAUCCGUUGUUUUUACGUUACAUUGCAUAUUAUCUAUAUCAAAACAGUUGUGUAACUAAACAGAUCAAGUAGUCCAAUGAUAUGGAGUUUUUUUUUUUCUAUUUUAAAUUUAACAAAAAUGUUUCGUUUGAAAAGUUAUUUUUAUUUUAUGAUUACUUCUUAUCUUUAUAUCUUAUGCUUAAUAAAAAAGCAAUGUUAAUCAUAGUACAGUGAUGUGUUAGUGCCAACUGGGGCACCAUGUAGCCAAUAGCAUGUGAUAAUUAUUACAGAAUUUCUCUAAGCGGCUUAUCAUAUGGGGAUUUAAGAUUGGAACUGUUCUCGUAUAGUUCUAACCCAAAACCCCUGUUUCUGUUUCAUGCUAAAAUUUAACCAAUAAAAAUUAGAGUCCCUCUUUCAGACCUAUAAAGCAGAUGAUGUUUAGGCCAUCUGUAGUUUUGGCCGAUGGUUUACGAGGGUUUCAUGUGGCCAGAACAACGACCAACCGUCUUUACAUUUCGCCACGGGCCCAUUAGAGAUGGGUGGGACUCAGGGACGGCCCUAAAAAUAUCAAAAUGACAAAUCCAAGUCUUCACCGCCAAGCGCAAGCGCUUUACCAGUCUGCCACCAUGCCCACCUGCGAUCAACUAAUUAUUCUAGCUGCAUGUGCUAGUGCUGCAUUACAAUGAUUUGUGUGUAAGAAAUGUACGUUAAAAAUGUACGUGAUAUUUCAACUUGUGACUUGUGUGAAUAUCUCUUUAAAAGGAAAUAAACAGUUACUAUUUAAUAUUUAAUUACUCCA